GUUUCAUGAAUCCACAGUGAUACGAGGAAAUAUACUACACGUUGCGUCCGUGAUUACUGAGACUCUCUCGAAACCAGGCUUGACACCGCAUACCGGAAGAAUGAGGUCGUGAAAGCAAAUAUUGAUUUUGCAGUUGAUGAUUUCAUGGAGAGGUUAGGUGACGAGGCUUCCCCUUUACUAUCGUGAAGCAAGCCUUCAUCAUAAUGGGAUUCAAACUUAAGGCAGCACCCCUUCAAUACGGUGCUGGAGUUUACUGAAGGGGAUGUAUCCUUGACAUGUCGAAUGGCCCCUGCUUUAUUCAGUUUGAUAUGAAAGACCCCCUUGGUGAUAUCUGAAGAGGACUGAAUAAUUUUCUUUGGACCCUGACAAAUAUUUCCUUUCUACCAAUACCAAAGAAUAAGGAAAACUAUUUCUAAUUUCUUAGCUACAAGAUAAAGACUGUAAAAUUAAUUCAUUUUGUGCGAGCUGUUUUGGGAUGCUGGUGGGUACAUAAUGUGAAUUAAAGCGUGAAGAUAGAUCCAGCUAAGUAGAGAUCUACUCUUGCAGCCAAUAUCUGUAAGAAAAUAGAUACUUGAGUACAUUUACCUCAAUGGCAGAGGAGGAAAGAAUCAAAACCACAACUGUGCAGAUCAGACAUGGCCAUUACCUUUCUGCUAUUACAAACCAGAACAUGAACUUGCUUAUUCGAGGAGUUGUCCUUUUUUCUAUUGGUGUGUUCUUAGCACUUGUGUUGAACUUACUGCAGAUACAAAGAAAUGUUACACUUUUCCCCCCUGAUGUGAUUGCCAGCAUUUUUUCUUCCGCUUGGUGGGUUCCACCGUGUUGUGGUACAGCAUCAGCUGUGAUUGGUUUGCUUUACCCAUGCAUUGACAGCCACCUGGGAGAACCACACAAAUUCAAGAGGGAAUGGUCCAGUGUAAUGCGUUGUGUUGCAGUCUUUGUUGGCAUAAACCAUGCUAGUGCUAAGGUGGAUUUUGCCAACAAUAUGCAGUUGUCCCUUACAUUGGCAGCACUUUCCAUUGGAUUGUGGUGGACUUUUGAUAGAUCUCGAAGUGGUUUCGGGCUUGGAAUAGGAAUUGCUUUUCUUGCCACAUUGGUCACUCAGCUUUUAGUCUACAAUGGUGUUUACCAAUAUACGUCUCCAGAUUUUCUUUAUGUUCGAUCUUGGUUACCUUGUAUAUUUUUUGCUGGUGGAAUAACGAUGGGAAAUAUAGGUCGCCAGUUAGCAAUGUAUGAGUGUAAAGUUAUUCCAGAAAAACCUCAUCAAGAUUGAAGUAUUGUUGUGGAAAUUUGAAGAUUUCAUAUGGACGAUUGGAGAUAAAGAUGAUAUGCCAAAUGAAUGUAAAAAGCUGUAAAUAAGAUUUCCUGUUUCAAAAUUGCAGAAAUUGCAGUUUUUUUUCACUCUCAUACGUGAGCUGCAAUCUGUGAUUGCUCUUGGUAUAAAAUGCCCUGUAAAGCAUUGUAUAGCAAAUACACGUGCAACAUCAUACAUCUACAUGCACCUCUGGAUUCUGUCUUAGUACAUGGAAAAAUAUUCAUUUAAAACCCAUGGAAAUACUUUGAAAUAUAACUGUGGAUGGGUGGUACUAAACAUGUAUAUGAUUUAAUUGCUGUUUUAGUUUCAAUCCAGAUGGGCACUAGUUUCAGAUUUUAUACUUUAUUUAAGAUAGUCAUUGAACAGAAUCCUCUAAUUAUUUAGCUAGUUCAGUUUUUAAAUAUCUCGAAAAUUUAAGUGUUUUUCCAGAAGUGUCAGCUUUCAUGUGUUCAUUUAUAAAUCUUUAAACUUCAGAAGAUUCAAUAAUUUUGGAAUGAAGUGCAAAACUAGUAUUUUUCAUUUUUUUUCAAAUAUAUUUUGGCUUAAAGAUAAUAUUUCAUGGUGCUGCCUGAGAAGAAAUGUCACAUCUGAACUUUUGGCUCAUCCCCAUUUUUAGAAUCCUAAUUGCAGCAAUAGAAAUAUGUUAUUUACAGAUGCAUGAAACUGCUGCAGCCAACAUAUGUGUGCACAAAUUUGUAAUACUAUUGAAGCAAUAUACUAGCUGUUGAUACUUCAAAAUAUUGCAAUCUCCGUGAUUAAUUAGUUUAGUGAGACUUGGACAUCACCUUCAGCAUAUUGAAGAGCGAUCUGCAUUUUCAUUUUACUUCUAAAAAUUUUACAAAUGCGUAUUACUACAUGUUUUAUUAACAAUAAGGUUUUCAUUUGUGUUGAAGACAUUUUACAUAGCAGCCAAAUGUACGAUUAAUAAGCCUCUGAGUUAAAAUAAGAAAUGUGUGUGUACAAAAUGAUAAUGCAAAUUAUUCUUAUUUUAUCAAUUUUGUGGAGUUCUUUCAUUGGGCUUCUGUUUUUUUUUCCAAAGAAGACAUUCAUUUGUAAGUGGGAUAAAAUCAUUUAGCCUCCAGUAUUUUAGACUAAUUUAUUAUUCUCUAUAUAUAGAAUAUUCCAAUAAAAUAUAUAUUUCAGUAAAGCUGUCUGCUCCAGACCUGUUUUGUCACAUGGUGCUUAUAGAAAAUGAAGGUAACAAAAUUUAAGCAGAAAGGCUUUCUAAUUGGAAUUGUGGAAGGUAUUUAAAUAUGUCUGGGAUUGUUAUAUAAUCACAUAAUUU